AUGUCGUUAGAAGGCCGACCUAGAGCCAAGGUUUAUCGACAUGCGAGACAUUGUGCCCACCAUUUAUACACCCUUCCGCGCGUAUUUAAACGACGAAGUCUCCCUUGGCACCUCCAGCUCACGGCCACCGCCUCAGCUUCACGCCUAUCCAAGGGCGCAUCGAACGUGCUAUUCCACCGCGACAUGUCAAUCACCGACGAAAGUGAUAACGCAGACAGUCGCAGACUCAGGCACGCUAUCAGGAGGGUUGUCCACGCUCUGAAGCACCUCUUGCAUUCCCAUCACGGGGGGCACUUCCACGGUCCAGGUCCAGUUCAACCUGCACCCCCGCCUGCCCCCACUCCCGAUACUCCCGAUACUCCCGAUACUCCGGCGCCUGAGCCAACUACUCCAGAUACCCCUGCUCCUGAUCCUGCCCCAAGCAACCCUGCCGCCCCCGCCUGCGCCCCUGCCGCCGCUGCGUAG